UUAGUCCCAUUUCCACUUGAAGUGCUCAAUAAACACAUGUAACGAGUGGCUACAAUAAGAUUUCCGUUGACGCAGAAGGUUCUAUUGGACAGCAUUGGUCCAAACCCCUCAAAGACUCCAAUAGGGCGGCUUCUUACUGUCAGAAGCAUUCCAUGAAGAGACACUCCUCGACUGCUUGCAAACACUGCCUGGUGUCUUGGGCCCCAACCCCCAAGGCCCAGCGAACGCUGUGCUCAGCUCAAAAUCCCAAAGACUGCAGACAUGGCGCACUUCACCCCCAAGUGAGCUCCAGCCAGGACAGCAUACAGGGACUCUGCCCAGAGAACUCCCUCUGAUGCCCCAGUCCUGUCCUGGUCACACCCCACUGGGCUUUGUGAGGCUAUUUUGGAAGAUAACUUUUCCUCACUGAAGAAGAGGGAAGCAGCAUGAAAGAAAACAAUGGCCCCCAAGGAGGAAUUUAUGUUUGACAUAAAUGGAGAUGUUCCUUUAGGGGCAUCAUGUAUCAUCAAAGAAGCAAACCCCCAGGUCAUUUAUUUCUCCGCUUAUUUACAUGCUACACAAAGAAGACGUGUUUGAAUUUCCUAUAGCUGGAAACCGAUGCUCCACGAAAGGAAGCCGUAUGUUCCAGACGUAGCAGAUUUCUUUCGGAAAUCACACAUUGGGAGUCUGGCGCUAUCCCCUAAAUGGUACUUUUGUUGUCUUUUCUGUUCAAGACAGUAAGCUUCUUCCAGGAUCAGAACCACCCGUCUGCCUCCCUUGAUAAACAGCCCACCAGCUCUCUCUGUAGAUCAGAUGUUUAAUAAUUAGCCUAACUCAUUGUUUAUCUAAGUAGCAAUUAUCACUGCGAUGAAAUGAUAUUUUAACUGCAGGGGAAGCAUUGGGGAUAGCUCCAAAGUAUAAUCUACAGGCUGGGAAUGGCCCACAGAGCUACCCACACGAAGAGGAGAGGACCACUCCAUUCUGGCUGGCAAUUCUCUGUGUCUGAGAUGCCAUCAUUAGCUACCACUCCAAAGACCUAAGGAAAUGUGCCCAGAAGAAGUGUAUGGUCCCGAUCCUUCCAACUGAGGCUCAAUGGCCCAGCAAAAUGUGAAAGUGCGGCCUGUGCUUUUAAAGCGAAACAGUCUAGAGUCAGUGGAGUUCCUGAAACAACCUCACCACCGCAGGAGCAAAUCCCAGCAGGUGCGAUUCAAGGAAGAUGGGACCAGUAAGAAUCCAUCUGGCCUAGCUGAGGUUGACAGCCAAACUUCAGACCCGGAUGGGAUGGGGAAGACCCAAGCAUCCAGGCACCAUCACCUCCCCACCUACUCUUUCUCCUUCCCCAGGUCCCAGAAGGCAGGGGGUUUUCAGAACAUUGCGAUCCAAACCUCCCCCAGUCUCAGGAAGCAUUUCCCAGUUUUCAAAAAGAAGAAACUCACAGCCAGCAAGUCCCUGGUGGAAAUGCCAACAGCACCCCAAAGUGCCAUCCAGGUCAACGGUACCCUCUCUGAACAGGACAUUGUGUCUUCUGACCUUGCCUACUUAAGGCUGGCUCAGCAUCUUGAGGAUGGGCCUCGAAGGGUCAAGGUGCGCCACCCAUUUCUCCCGAGGGUGUCCAGGGUGCAAAGCAACGGGCCUGUUAGCAUAUGCUUGGAAGCAGGGACUUGGGGGGCUGCAGAGAAAGCAACAGCGGCCAUUCAAGUCCCAGAUGAUAUUUAUCACAGUCCUUCCUGGGAAGCCAGAGAGUCCAUGUUCAGCCCCAGCAAAUCUGCUGAGAUAAGCAACUCCAUAUACCCUUUGGCUGAAACGUGUCCAGGUGAUGGGAGAAGCAUGCUGCCAUUGGAUUCAGAAAGAUCCCCCUCCUGCUUAAAUGCCACCAGCAGUGCCAACCACAUGCCAGGCACAGGUCAACUCAAACCCGAAUUGCUUUUUUCCAAAGACAACUCUGAUGAUAAAGACCUUGGCCCUUUGUUAGCUCGGUCAAAGGCAACAUGUGCUCCUUCACCUCUAAGGACUCACAGCUCCCCCUCACAGGGCAUCCAUCGCCAGCCAGCCCAUCCAGGAAGAGUGCUGGACUGUUUUUCAUCGAGUAACCGUCACCAGGAUCUGGCAUUGCUAACAACCAACAAUGCAUCAAAACCCGCCUCCACGUGCCAGGAGGAGAUGGCUCAGAAUUCCACCCCGUCAGACACCCUGGAGUUUCAAAACUGUUUAGGAAGUGACCACAUCCCAUCCUCUCUUCCAAGGAGUGACUCAAAACUUCCCACCGAGAGAGAGAUUAGUGGGAUGAGUCAAAUUCACCUGGCACAGGGUGAACUCUGUGACCUCCAAGGCAGACUGCAAUCUGUGGAAGAAUCUCUGCACUCGAACCAAGAGAAGAUUAAAGUCCUUUUGAAUGUAAUUCAAGACUUGGAAAAAGCCAGAGCUCUCACUGAAGGGCGCAACUUUUAUCGAACUGGCCAAGAUCUCAACAACUGCAGCACCUGCCAGAACACAGCGUGCAUCAUAUACAGUGUAGAGUAUGAUUUUCGGCAGCAGGAAGGAAGGUUCCAUGAAGUUCUACAGAGUCUGGAGGAAGUGGAGCCAGUUGAGGAGGUAUCUCCCCCACCAAAGUCCCCAGCAGAAGCCCCAGUCCCUGAGAAACAUGACUUAAGGCGGAAAACCAAGAAGGUGAAGAAGAAAUGCUUCUGGUGGAUCUGAGCUCAUUGGGACCAUUCCGCCUGCCCUCCCAAAUGGCCUCCAUGGGAUGGGAAAACCCCUGUCCUCAACCAGGGCUGUGAGCUACUCAACCUGCAAACCAGGAAAGAAGACCUGACCUGAGUGAGUGCCACUGCUUGCUGAGGACUUCACGGACACUAGAGUGACCACCUGUGGAGUUCCCUGCUACAUGCCGCCAGGCCACGUCCUGGUUUGCAAGUCCAGAUUCCCAUCAGGAGCAAAACCCCCCAUCCCGCUUCCCUACACCUCCACAAGGCUAAGCAUUUCUUUCCCAUUCCAGAUUCAUCAACCCAAAAAGGAAAAAGAGGUGUCAUGCAGAGCAGGAGAAUAGAGAAGGGUUAUAAACAGAUACCCCAGGAAAAAUAGAUAAUAUCCCGGCUGGCAGUUUUCUAGGAUAUUAGUGUAUAUAAGCACAAAAGAAGUGGGCAGGGCAUAAAAAUGCAAGAUCCCUCUGGUGGGUCAGGAUCCCAAAUCAAGGACUUGCCUUCUCAUGCUAUGGGGGCCUUACUGUCUGCCCCAUAGUGAGGUUAUCGCAGGGAAUAAGGAACUGGUCAGUGUGGCUGUCCCGCAUGGUUGAAAUUAAAAGAGAGUUUUGGCAAUUGUAACUGCUCCAAGGCCCACCCUAAACCAUCACGCUUCUUGCCUGGGUCUGAGACCACCCAACAAAUGGGUAGAAUCUGUUUUGGGUUUGAACUUUGAGAUGUCAUAGUUAAUUUACCUGCAAUAUUUAACAUCAUGAGAUCCAACAUCCUAUGUGUCAGCAUAAAUAAGGCUAAGACAAAACACAACACUGGUUCUCACCCAUUCAUCCUGCCUUGUAGAUAGGAUCAAAAGUGUAUCAUUCCAUAUAAUCUCCCUUCCUGAUGGCCAGGCAAUGGUCACUUGAUUGAAGAAGCAGCAGGACUAGAGAUGAGGAUAUAUAUAUAUUUUUUCCAUUUUAGUAUUAAACAGCUUUCUUGCCCAAAGUCUGGAUUCUUUCAUGGUCUGGCUCAUUCUUUUGACAGGACCUUAUAAAUGUGGGUCCAGUCAAACUUGCAUGGCCGAACAAACUACUAAAGUAAUAUAAUUCAGUAAUUGCUGCACACUUUUGGUGAUGAAGAGUAGGAAGGCAAGGCUCAGAUUACUUCUCUAUCAGCCUGUGGACAGUUUGAUGCUGCUAGAAAAGGGAUCCUAAAACCAAACAGACAUUAAAUGAAAGAGGCAUUUCAUAAUCCCCUUUUCUGAAGAUCCAGUGUCUGAGUUAAUUCUUCAUAGAGUGCAGCAUCCCAUGUGUGGGUGGGAUGUACGUACCCUGUUGCAAAUUGAGACUAAUUGAGCAAACCACCCCAACAGUUUCACCUUCCCCUUUCACAGUGCUGCAGUGCACAGAGCUAUUUCAGUGAGAGCAAGAGGAAAAUUUGGCAAGAAAUCUCAGCUUGCACUAUUUAAGUCUUGGAAUGUCAUUCAAGAUGUUCUUGCUCUGUUUCUAGUGUAAUGUUUAAACCCACAAAAUGAGACUGGAAUACAUAACGUCAAGUUAGAAUUAAGAUAAAUACACUUGUCAUACUUAAGAAGCCACAUUUCAAGAAGAUAUGCUACCACUGGCUAAAAGCCACAGAACCUUCUUUCUGUAUCCAUACAACUGACUCUCAGCUGGCCCUAGCAAUGGAAAAUAACAGCACAGAGGAUAAUCCAAUAAAGCAAAUCAGUUGGGAUCUAUUAUAUAAUUUUAUCUUGUAGUAGCGUUUCCAUCUUAAUUCUCUUUUUUUUUUUUUUUUCAGUUUGUGAAUUUCCAAAUGAAUUUAUAUUCUCAGGCAGCAUGAUAAAAUGAAAAUAAUCCUGUUCCCAGAAUUAAGAGACCCAAACCAUAGAGCAGUCUAUUCCACUAACCUUUGGCAGAUGGUUUAAACUUUCAGGGCCUGUGCAUCUAUUCUCAAAUGCAGAUAAGAACACCUACUCUCCUACUUGAUAAGUUCUAUGUAGGGUCCAACAUCAAAUGAGCAAAACUGCUCAGAGCUGAGCUGAAUCAUUUGCCAAGGCUAGUCUGGAAUGAUGAAGAGAUGCUUGAUUUAUCUGACACAAAAAGGGUAAACCACACUGUGAUAAUUAAUAAGCUGAUGGCAUCAUACACCCAUGUGGGAUUAGGGAUUCAGAUAAAGUCACCAACUGAGUUAAAUGAAAUCAGGAUCAGAAAAUGUGGACAUUUCUAGAAAUAAAACCAAACGAGGCUAUAAUGAUUCCAUACCAAAGCACAACACAGCAAUGCUCAGCACCUAAAACUGGGAAGGAGGUGUCUUCUGAAAAUUGAACAUAUAAAAUCAUCAUGAGUAUAAAGGAUUUGGUAAACGCUUUCCUGCUGAAUAAAAACGAUCAUCUCUAUGUUUAAAAAAACACACAUACACAUACCAAGACUCUAGACUCAUCUACUCACGUGAAAAUCACUUCUACUCUGUAAAAUAUUAUGUAACAUCCGCUGUGAUAUUCUACAGAAAUGCUGUACUUGAGGUUGGUUAUAUGGUUUUAUGAAGAGCAAUUAACUUAGCAAAAAAUACUUUUAUAAAAUUAAAGGGGGAAAAAAAGACCGAUAUAUCAACUUCAGUUACAGGAGAUUAUGUAGCUGCUUUCCCCGUAGUUAAAAAAAGUGUGUACUCAUUAUACUUGGAACUUAAUACCAGCUCAUCUAUAGAGCACCUUCUUAAAGAUGAUGUAUUAAUGUAAGGUUUUGUAAAUUUCUAAACUGUUUUAAAUGGGAUAUUAUCUUUUGCAAUAAACUUACAUAUUUUU